AUGGAGAAGCGCUCAGCCCUUCUUAAUCUGUCUGCUGACAGAGUCCAUGCAACCUGCUCUGUUGCAGACACUUGUUCUCACUGGAGAAGAAUAAAGAAGUGGUUGACAUGCGUGGUCCUAUGCACACAUUUUCAGCCUUCCAGGCAGGCUAAUUUUGAGCAGGCCGCACAAGACGUGAGGAAGCUGAAAAGAAGACCGGAAGAUGAAGAACUCAAAGAACUCUACGGGCUGUACAAACAGUCCAUCCUCGGAGAUAUCAACAUUGGUGCAUGUCCAGUAAUGUUAGAUAUGAAGGGCAAGGCCAAGUGGGAAGCAUGGAGCCUCCAAAAAGGUUUGUCGAAGGAAGAUGCCAUGAGUGCCUAUAUUUCUAAAGCAAGAGAGCUGAUCGAGAAAUACGGAAUUUAGAACUUGACAGGGGAGACAGAUCUCCUUUGAAAGCUUUCAUAAUAGCCACAUGGUGUGUAGGGGGAAAUGCAUUGACAACUGUAUAAAUCUUGUGUAUUUUCCUAAUAGCAUGCAUUCUAAUACUUUGGACUAUGUCAACAUAAUUACCUAAUUUUACUUGCUUGUGAAAGGUGACUUUAAAAAGUCAUUUUGUA